AAUAAUAUCCCUGAAUGCUUUUUUGAGCUGUCAGCAGCAUUCUUAUCAACAAAGACGAGACGACAGUGACUGUUCCGAGUAGCACCGCUAAAACAGUAAGAGGUGUGUGUUGGGGUGAGAGUCACGCAAGGAAAUUUCAUGCAUGUUAAAUCUGUGUUUUUUUGUAGCUAAGUUUACUGAGAUUUAUAUCAAAUUACUUUAUUGUUCGUUGUUCUUGUUGAUGUUUAGUUUUGAAAUGUGUAUGUUAAAAGAUGAUAAAAGGGAUCUUGCUUUUGUGUUUGUACUUUCUUUGUUAUACUUAUUAGAUCUGCUAUGUGAAAUGAGUAGUGUUAACUGAUUGAUUCUUUGUUUUAGUUUGGAUAUAGUUCGAGGAAUGACAACGAUUGUGUUCUAAUGAGCCAUGGAUUUUACAGUUUCUUUUAUGUUAAUGCUGUGUUAGAACUUUUUAAUGAUGAUAUUUGAAUAACAAAUUUGUUGAAACUGUGAACGUGAUAUGUUAUACUCUAGAUAAUGUCGGAAGUAGAGGGCGAAAACCGGGCUAUCGUGUGUGACAAUGGAACUGGAAUGAUCAAGGCAGGAUAUGCUGGAGAAGAUGCACCAAGUGUUGUGUUCCAAGCACUGUGGGUCGUCCACCACAUACGGGAGGGAUGGUAGGAAUGAAUGAGAACGAUUUAUUUGUGGGAGACGACGCUGAAGCCAGGAGCGGUAUACUUACACUUGACUACCCAAUGGAGCACGGUGUUGUUAGCAAUUGGGAUGACAUGGAGAAGAUUUGGUACCAUACGUUUUACAGUGAGCUACGUGUGGCUCCUGAAGAACACCCUGUGCUUCUCACUGAAGCUCCUCUUAACCCGAAAGCCGAUCGUGAGAAGAUGACUCAGAUCAUGUUUGAGACAUUUGCUGUUCCUAGUAUGUAUAUUGGUAUGCAGGCCGCUCUCUCCCUCCAUGCCAGUGGUCGUACCACAGGUACUGUGUUGGAUUCAGGAGAUGGUGUGAGCUACAUAGUUCCAAUCUACGAAGGUUCAGCACUCCCACAUGCAAUCUUGCGGCUAGAUUUAGCAGGCCGUCACCUAACCAACUACCUCAUGAAAAUCAUGAUGGAACGUGGCUACACAUCCGCCGAGCGUGAGGUAGUCCGAGACAUCAAAGAACAAUUUGGUUACAUAGCUCUUGACUACGAGCAAGAAAUGGAGAAGGCUACAAAGAGUUCGGCAAUCGAUAGAACCUACGAGCUUCCAGAUGGUCAAGUGAUCACGAUAGGAGCUGAGAGAUUCAGGUGCCCUGAGGUUCUUUUCCAGCCGUCUUUGAUUGGAAUGGAAACUUCUGGUAUUCAUGAGAAGACUUACAAUUCAAUCAUGAAGUGUGAUGAUGAUAUAAGGAAGGAUUUGUAUGGAAACAUUGUGUUGAGUGGUGGGACGACGAUGUUCCGAGGGAUUGAAGAGAGGAUGACCAAAGAGAUCAAUGCGCUUGCAGCCGCUAAUAUGAGGAUUAAAAUUGUUGCUCCCCCGGAAAGGAAAUAUAGUGUUUGGAUUGGAGGCUCCAUUUUGGCUUCUCUAAGCACAUAUGAACAGGUAAAUAAGAUAAUACUAAUUGUAUUAUUAAUUUAACGUGCGUAUCUCUUUUGGGAUGUUGUAAUGUCAAGUUGUUGUGAUGUAUAUAUAUGCAGAUGUGGAUUACUAAAGCUGAGUAUGAAGAAAAUGGACCGGCCAUUGUUCACACGAAAUGCUUUUGAGUUCUUUUAAUGCUUUGUUCUGAUGAAAUAAAUUCUUUUGAGGGAUUUUCAUUUCAUAAAUCUGAUUUCUUUCUUUCAUAUUUCUUUGUUUGUUGUCGUUGUUGUUGUUUUUCUUGCCAAUAAAAGAAGACGUUUCCUUAAUAAAAUAAAAUAAAAAGAAGAAUAUUCCCAAUGA